AUGGUCGACUCCUCAGGGCAACUCCAGGCUCCAGGGUCGACUCCUCAGGGCAACUCCAGGCUCCAGGCUCCAGGCUCUAUGAUUUGUAAAAUGAUAGAGGUUCAGACUCCAGAGACAGAUGGAGACAAACUGCACUUGGCUCCACCACAGCCCUCCAAACAGUUUCUCAUCUCACCCCCUGCAUCUCCUCCUGUUGGCUGGCAGCCCAUCAGUGAUGCCACACCAGUCCUCAACUAUGACCUCCUCUAUGCUGUGGCCAAACUAGGACCAGGAGAGAAGUAUGAGCUCCACGCAGGGACUGAGUCCACGCCAAGUGUUGUCGUGCACGUAUGUGACAGCGACAUAGAGGAAGAAGAGGAUCCAAAGACUUCCCCAAAGCCAAAAAUCAUCCAGACCCGGCGUCCCGGCCUGCCGCCACCGUCUGUAUCCAACUGA